GGCUGUUGACCAUGCUGCAGCUCUACGCCCCAGCGUGUGAAAUGAUGAAGGGGGUGUUGUUUGGGGCCAAUCUGCCCCAAAUAGAGAGUGUACUAGGCUGGAGGAGUCUAGAAGCCCCUCUGCCCAAUCUCAAGUUCAACCAGACUAGACCCAUAUUCGAAACGGGCAACCUGAAGAUGAUGGAGGUGUUAGCCGAAAAGCGGCUGAGCGCUCACUUAGCCACCACUUAUGGCCCCGAAUUGACCUGUCAAGUGACCACAGUUCAGUCAUUCCUCCGAAUUGCCAUUGCUGCUUCAUUCUCAUGCAUUCCCACUGACACCUCCAAAUUCCAUGCGCAUGAUUUUGUGGAUGCGGAUGCAGACGAGCAGAAGAAGACGAAGAAGAAAGUGAGGAGAGUGGGGGGCCGAACAGUCGAGCAGCUACUCGAUAACUUGAUUCGCUCAAUCGAAGCAGAUUCGGUGGACAAUGACAAAUUUAAAGAGGACGAUGCUAAUAGCGACGCUGAGGCCGAAGUGUCAGGAGUAACUCGAGUGUUGACCAGUGCCAACUCGCAGCCUACUUUCGGCCUAGUGGCCGGUCUGCUACUAGAUGCAGCCUACCAGGAUCUCAAUGCCAUAUGCACUACACUCAGUGCCACUCCAGUAUCGGACUUGUCCCCUUCUGAGCUGGACUUCUUCAUCCAGUCUCUGAUUGGACUGGGAAGGAUCUACGGAGUGAGACAGCAGAGGACAGAACAGGCACUGCACCUCAUGCGGGCACUCAACGCACUCCAGAAACACCCUCUCUUCAACCACAGUGACCACAAGUACAACACGGACAACUUCUGGGAUGUAGACUCUAGAGUGAGACUGGACAUGAAGCUGUGGAUGAAUAUCCGGCUGGAGUUGACCUCUGCUCUGUUGGAGGAAGUGAGGGAGAUGGGUGCUAUUGGAGGCGAAGUGUGGAUAGAUGAGCUGGGCGGGUGUCGGAUGCACUGUGCGGAGGGAGUGAUGGAGGCGGAGAAAUAUGAGGACAACAGUCUCACUGCUCAGUAUCUCUACUUGGCCACACUAUUAGAUCUGAAAGAAGGAAAACCCAUUCCCAACAUCAUGGAGAACCUAUUGGACUGCAUCAGUGCAUUUGGCCAACGUGUCUCCUCAGUGUUCGAAUAUCGCAUCUUCAUCUGUGCCAAAGUACUCCAUGGAGACUUGCAGGCACUCGACUGGUUCCAGAAGACAGAUGACUCACUGGAGAACGAGAGGAUGGCGCAGAAGAUCUACAACACCUAUGCGGAGGCCCUGCAGUUUGCGGUGGAGCUUGGCUUCAAGUACGGGGAGGUGAUGGUGAAGAGGAGAGAGGAUGAGUCAUACUCCACUAUACAGGCCCCUAUCAAGAACCUCUUCUCGACCACUUAUCUGCCACUGCUGGCUCAUAUCAAACUCAGACUAGGCCACUGUCUCUGCAGAAUGUCUGUCAACUACGACUCCGCAAGGGAAUCCGAGAAGAAGAUUUCGACUCUGACUCAUUCACUUCGUCUAUUCUCCACUGCCCUGUCCAUCUCGCGGGCUAUGAGUCAGCAACAACCCAGUCUAGAGGCGGAGAUCCUGUUCCAGAAGGGGAGGGCUCUGAGACAGCUGUUCGUGAUGGGCCAGGUGGAUCCGAGGAGUGUGGUCAUCCCUCUCAAAGAGGCCAUUCUAGUCUCUCAAGAAUUCAAUCACGACUUAGGACUGAUGCGCCAGGCUUAUCUGGAGAUGGCGAUGACCUUCAUGGGUGCGAUUGGAACCCCAGGAGUGCCCCUGCCGCCUGGAACAGAAGCGAAGACACCCGACAACCCCCUCUACAGAGAGACCACGGUGGAGAAGAGGGAGCGGGAGAGCAAGAAAGACCCCUCCCCGCCCUCCAAAAAGGCCACCAAGGAAAACUUGAUUCAGACACCCGAGCCGCUGCUGCGCGUUGAUUCAAAUGUCUCCACGAAAAGCGACGCGACACCCAGAUCGAAGAAGCAGCCGAAGAAGACGGCGGCCGAUUUGAAGAGAGAGAAGGAGGAGAGGGAGGCUCAGAGGGAGGUGGAGGUGGAGCGGAAGGCCGCCUGGGGAGCAGUGAAGGGGGCUGCACUAGUCGCACUGGCACAACAGAAUCUCUUCAUGCUUCCGGCCGAAGAGGAGGUGCUGAACAAUCCCCUGAAAGAUGACAAGAGAGGGAAAUUGCCCUCGUUCUGUCUGGACGAUCUGGCCAAGUCACACGGAUACAGAGACGUGGAUGUGAAACUUGCGGGCAAGUCACGUGGGGACAUGACGAGUAUGGAGCUGAUCUACGGGGAGCAGUUCCCGGACCCCCCUCCCACAGUGGAGAGCCACAUCAGCUGGGUGCACGUGUUGGGCUACUCUGCACUGCUUGAGAGACUGGGGGGCAUGCUGACAUUCGUGAGGCCAGGCACCAUCGAACCACAGGAGACUUCCAGCCACAUAUCGGAGGCGACCUUCGCCUACUACGAGCACCCAAUGAUAGAAGUGGGACUUCAGCAGACCUUCCUGCGAACUCCUGUCUUCGGAGUGAACAUGAACCUCCGAUACUCUGCCAUGCACGAGUACCUCAAGACUAAUCUGCCUACUUAUGCCAAUACAUGUGUGGCUCCUUGUCCCCCAGACUACUUGACGCCCCCGCCAAAAACUGAAAUAACUUUGAGCAUCUACAAUCACAACUAUGACGACCAAUUGCACCGAGUUAUUGCAAAUGAGGACAAGGCCGACUCGAGUUCCAAGAAUCCAGCGACGUCAACAGACAAAGCGGGUGUGUCCUCUUCGUCUGUGGCCACCACUGUCCAGCAGUCUCCUGCUCCAGCUAUGGUUCCAGAGAGACUGGCCACUCAGAGUUCCACUCUCUCUUCCUCCUCAUUGACUACUACUGCGGGGGGCGUGGCUGCGGCUGCUGCAGGGACUCAGACUGCAGCACAGAUGGAGAGAGAUAGACUCAUGGGAGAUAUCCCAUUCGGAGAUGGCGAGUUGUCUGUACAGUGGUACAUCUCGCCCCUGGAUGGUCCAAACCAGGAGUGCAUGCUACUGAUGUAUUCAAUGGGCAAGAAGAUUCUGGGAUCCAAACCCAAAGACAAGGAGGACCCAUUCGAACUAUGUGCUGGAGUGUUGCCCAUAAACAUCAACUCCCUGAUGAGUGUGCAUGACAUGUUGAUGACUCUCUUGCAGAGGGCAGAUGUGCAGCUGGCAGCUGUGGAGAAGAUCCCAUCCAGAAGACACAGACCAGUGGUGAAGAGCAGGAAGACCAAGAAAGUACAGGACUUGAAGAAGGACGAAAAGUUGGAGGAUCUGUUCAAAGACUGUCUGCAGAUGGUGCUGCAGUUGUUCACGCAGAUAGACGACGGGCUGACCAGGCCAGAACAGAUCCCGAGCCUCUCAACCAAGGUCACCCAAGUGCGCGUGAUCGAACAGACAUUCAACCUAAGUUGUGGUAGUCUCAUCAAGUCAAGCGAAUUUGGCCGCUGGAUCUCCAAACUUCUCAUCCCACCUCCUGCAAAUGCUGUCUCGCCCAGUUUCGGCGAGAACGCCAAUGAACAAAAUAUGACCAACAGGAGCAAGUGAUAAGUUAACCGAACACAGAGAAAGUUGAAUAGAGAAAAAACACUGGGAAUUUGUUUAUAAUCGGAGCAAAAUCUAUUGUUUAUAAUCGUUUGAAUCAAUUAUCUAUAGACUCGAUUCAUGUAAUUUAAAACUUGUACAUAAAAUUCAAAACUGAAAAAGUCACACUUGUCUAGGAAAAGAAAUUCAUGCGUUGAACAUAAUGGGCGCAGCUUGUAAAUAUUGUAGUAUAAAAAUUGUAAAUUUUAUUCAUCAAUUCAAAUU